CUGGUACAAGUGAAUCCUGUAUUGGUUAUUUGCCUUGUGGUAUAGUGCAUUCGAGAUCUGACAUGGAAGUAAAGCUUCUAUGGCUAGCAAAGGGCUCAAAGAGGAAUAUGGAGGCCUUGGUCCUGAUUACUUGUAUCACUGUAUAGCAAUGGAAGAAAUAAGUCGUGCUUCUGGAUCUGUUUGCAUUAAUCAAUUUGGUUGCAGUCCUUGGAUUUUUAGGGACUUUGAGGUUAGUGGGAGAACUCAUCUGUUGAAAGGAAAUAAUCAAAGAACUGAUGGAAAGACUACCACACAUGAAAGAGCUUAUGAAUAUGUUUAGUGGCCCUGAUAGAGUGACUGCAAAGCAACAAAUGCAGGAGUUAGACAGAGUCGCAAAAACUCUACCAGAGAAUAUACCUUCAUCUGUGAAGAGGUUCACUGAUCGUGCCGUUCUUUCACUUUAAGUUUUCUUUUUUUCAACUUAGUUUAGUUUCCUGUAAAUCUUAUAAUGUGUCAUUCUCUGAAAUGGAAAACAAUGAAUAUGGCAAACUGGAAUAUUUAAACAGGUCUUUGAGUGUUGAUUUGGAAAUGGAAAUGAAUGUAAUUAUUUUGCAAUGGGAGCAAAUUCUUUGUUUAUCAUAA